UUCAUUAUCAAUCACAAUCACCAUCGGAUGCGUCUCCUUGCUGCUUACUUCUUCCUUGAAUCGACGUAUUGAUUCAAUAAUUCUGCUGCAGUUCUCGGAGUCUCCUCAUCCUCGAAUAUGGGCAAACGGAGCGAGGAGGAAGGCGAGGUCUCUCCCUUGCUCGAAACCCAGGACCAUGACUUGCGCGGCGGCGCCACCUUCGCCGUCGUUUUCAGCACUUUGGUUUCUGUAUUUGGCUCCUACGUUUUCGGUACCGCCAUUGGGUAUUCAUCGCCUUCUCAGACUGGCAUCAUGACCGACCUGGAUCUUACUGUAGCAGAGUAUUCAGUCUUUGGUUCAGUAUUAUCAAUUUCAGCAAUGGUUGGUGCUGUUGUGAGUGGAAAACUGGCAGAUUAUAUUGGUAGAAGAGGUACAAUGGGCUUUGCUGAGAUCUUUUGCCUCUUGGGGUGGUUUUUUAUAGCAUUCUCUAAGGUUGCUUGGUGGUUGGAUAUAGGACGAUUACUAGUAGGAUUCGGAAUGGGAGUUAUCUCUUACGUGGUUCCUGUCUUUAUAGCAGAAAUAACACCCAAGGAACUUCGGGGAGCAUUUACAACAGUUCAUCAGUUGAUGAUAUGUUUUGGUGUUUCACUGACAUGGCUGAUUGGAGCUUUUGUGAACUGGAGGACUCUUGCUCUGAUAGGGGUAAUUCCAUGUCUAGCACAACUUAUCGGUCUUCCCUUCAUUCCAGAGUCUCCUAGAUGGCUGGCAAAGAAUGACCGAGACUUAGAUUGCAAAGCUGCUCUUCAACGUCUAAGAGGGGAGAGAGUAGAUAUUUCCGCAGAAGUGUCAGAAAUUCAAGAAUACACGGAAUUGCUAAAACAACUCCCUGAGCCAAGUGUUCUUGAUCUAUUCCAAAGGCAAUAUGCACGUUCUCUCAUUGCAGGAGUUGGCCUUAUGGCGCUGCAACAAUUUGGAGGGGUUAACGGCAUUUCAUUCUAUGCAAAUURUUUAUUCACUUCAGCCGAUUUCAGCGACUGGAACUUGCUUAGGUUGUUUAUGCGUAGCGAUAUCAUUCCUCUUUAAGGAUUUACAACUAUGGGAAUCUGGCUCUCCCAUUUUGGCUCUUGUCGGUGUACUGACAUUCUCUGGAUCUUUCUCGUUGGGCAUGGGAGCAAUUCCUUGGGUGAUAAUGUCAGAGAUAUUUCCUAUAAACAUGAAGGGUUUGGCAGGCAGCAUGGUUGCUUUAGUGAGUUGGCUAGGUUCAUGGAUCGUUUCAUACUCCUUCAACUUCCUUUUGGAUUGGAGCUCUACAGGUAUCUUUUUCAUAUUCUCAAGCGUUUGUGGGUUCACAGUAUUGUUUGUUGCAAAGUUUGUUCCUGAAACAAAGGGAAGAACUUUGGAAGAAAUUCAAGCCGCCAUGAACCCUAUAUCUAAAGGUUGAAUUCUGGAAAUUUUUUUUUUGGUUGCUUCUUACAAAUAAUUCAUAUGAAUCCGUAAUUACCCUUUUUUUUAUUUUAGUUAAUUCAAACAUUGAUUCACACAUUGGAUGUUACUUUUCAAUGAUAAUUUUUGUGGAAUUGUAA